UUCCACCCCUGCUGUCUAUCAUAAUCCCAUUUCACAUCCGGAACACGGUCGGUGACUGGGGUUAAAAAGCAGGGAUUAUUUUAUCCCGUACGAAUGCUUUGCAGCAAUUACCUACAUAAUGAGUAAAUUUACAUUUUCCAGCUCGGGAGGACUUCAGCCGCUUUUCUGUUUUUAAAUGCUAAUGUGUCGUCUGGGUGGUCUUGAACAUGCUCGGCAGCCUACUUGAUUUUCCGGAAACACCACUGAUGUAAUCAAUCUGCGACCGAAGUCAGUGAAUGAAGGACAUCGAAAGAUGAUUGGUAUUCCUUAUAAAACACGUGUAUUCAUAAAUUUGCGAAGAUAAUAGCUGGCUAAUUUAGCUAGCUACCUAGCCAGCUUCUGUAUUGUUACUGUAAGAUGGAAUCAUCGGGGACUCGAGCAAAAAGCUACACGGACAUAGCUAACACAUAGCUUGCACGAGCUAGUCCCCUGCAUUGUGUUAACCUCUGAAGAAUAGCAACCCAUGAAGAUGCACCCUAGAUGUAGAUGAAGUUGGCCCCUGAACAUAUGCAAGAUGGCUACCGAGGCGCCUGUUUCUGCAACUGGUGCUCAGAUACCAAAACCAGCACCUAGGGACUACUACUGGGCUCGCUCGUUUCUAGCUGGCGGCGUUGCAGGAUGCUGUGCCAAAUCCACCAUUGCUCCUCUGGACAGAGUGAAGAUAUUACUGCAGGCGCAGAAUCCCCACUACAAACACCUUGGGGUCGUCGCCACUAUCCGCGCCAUACCAAAGAAAGAGGGCUACCUCGGCUUGUACAAGGGGAACGGAGCCAUGAUGGUCAGGAUAUUCCCAUAUGGAGCCAUUCAGUUUAUGGCCUUUGACAAUUACAAGAAGUUGCUAAGCAAACGGCUUGGAAUCUCUGGACACAUACAUCGGCUUAUGGCUGGAUCUCUGGCUGGAAUGACAGCAGUAAUUUGCACUUACCCCUUGGAUGUCAUCCGUGCCCGGCUGGCAUUUCAAGUGAAAGGGGAACACAGAUACACAGGCAUCGCCAACGCCUUCCUGACCAUCUACCAGAAGGAAGGAGGCGUCUCUGGGUUUUACAGAGGGCUAACACCCACCAUCAUUGGCAUGGCGCCAUACGCAGGCUUUUCGUUUUUCACCUUUGGCACCAUGAAGACUUUGGGCCUGGCCCACGCUCCGGAGCUGCUGGGACGCCCCUCUUCAGACAACCCGGACGUCCUGGUGCUGAAGACCCACGUUAACCUGCUGUGCGGAGGGAUAGCCGGAGCCAUUGCACAGACCAUAUCAACGGAUGCUUGGAUUUACCUCACUUUGGUAGGAACAGAGAGAUGCAGCAAGAAAACUUUAUUGGACAAGGUUUUCUGCAAUGGUGUUGAAAGAGGGGUGGUGGACGGGUUUGACAUUGAAGUGGCUGAGGACCUCUGGGAAAUCGUGCUGGUGAAGAUUGAGAACAGGAAGUGCACUGUGAAAAAUGACUGGUACUGCAGGUACAUCAAAGUGAAGACCCCAAGUGGAGAGACUUUGGAGUUCCCCUGUUACAGAUGGGUGGUCAAUGACCAGGAAGUGGUCCUCAGAGAUGGCCGGGCACGUUUGCCGCAAGACGACAAAUCCAGCCUGUUGAAAGAACACAGAAGCAAAGAGCUGGAAACCAGGAAGAAGACGUACAGAUGGAGAGAGUGGCAACCAGGUUUUCCCAUGAGCAUAGAUGCCAAUGCCUACAAGGAGCUUCCAUGGGACAUCCAGUUUGACAGUAAGAAAGGAAUGGACUUCACCAUCAACUACGUUAAGGCGAUUCAGAACCUCGGAUUGAACAAAUUCAUGGAAAAGUUCCAGAGCUCCUGGGAUGACUUUGAUGAUUUUAAGAAGAUAUUUGUGAAGAUGUCCAACACAGCCUCAGAGUACUUGAUGCAGCACUGGAAGGAGGACUUCGUGUUCGCAUACCAGUUUCUCAACGGCUGCAACCCUGUGAUGAUCCGAAAGUGCACCAAGCUGCCAGCCAAGUUCCCCGUCACCCAUGAGAUGGUGGAGUUCUGCUUGGAGCGACACCUCCCUCUGGAAGAGGAGAUCAAGGCAAGAAACAUUUACAUUGUUGACUAUGAGAUUAUGGAAAAUAUCACACCCAACGGGACAGACCCAUCCACAACUCAGUAUUUGGCUGCCCCAAUCUGCCUGCUGUACAAGAACACCAAGAACAAAAUCCAGCCAAUUGCUAUUCAGCUGGGACAAAAUCCUGGGGAGAACAGUCCAAUUUUCCUCCCGAAUGACGAGGAUUGUGACUGGACGCUGGCGAAGAUGUGGGUGCGAUCGUCCGACUUCAGUGUCCACCAGACCGUCACGCACCUCCUGCGCACUCACCUGAUCUCCGAGGUCUUUGGGAUAGCCUUGUUCCGCCAGCUUCCAGCUGUCCAUCCUGUGUACAAGCUGAUCAUACCCCAUAUCCGCUUCACCAUUGCCAUAAACACCAAAGCCAGGGAGGAGCUCCUUGGGAAAAACGGCCUCUUUGACAAGGCCAAUGGGGUUGGUGGUGGAGGCCAUGUUGAGCUGGUGCAGAAGGGCAUGAAGACAUUCACAUACCAAUCGCUGGUAUUCCCAGAAGCCAUAAAAGCCAGUGGAAUGGAGGACCUUCCUGAUUACUUCUACAGAGACGAUGGAAAUAAGGUCUGGGAGGCCAUCAAAAGCUUUGUAGAAGACAUCGUGCACAUCUACUACAAGAGUGACAAUGUGGUUCAAAAGGAUGAGGAAAUCCAGGCCUUUGUCAAGGAUGUGUGCAUGUUUGGAUUGCAGAAGAGGGAUAACUCUGGGUUCCCCAAAUCUCUGAAGAAUCGCAAGCAGCUGGUUGAGUAUUUGACCAUCAUCAUUUUCAACGCCUCUGCACAGCAUGCAGCUGUCAACUUUGGCCAAUUUGAUUGGAACUCCUGGAUCCCCAACUGCCCGUCCACCAUGCGGAAGCCCCCACCCACGAAGAAGGGCGUGGCGACGACCGCGUACAUCAUCGAGAGCCUGCCCGAUCGCGGCCGGACCAGCUGGCACCUGGGGGCUUCUUGGGCCCUAAGUCGGUUCCAGGAUAAUGAGCUGUUUCUGGGCACGUACAUAGACAAGCAUUUCGUUGAGACGCCAGUGAAGGAGGCCAUGGAGAAGUACCGGAAGAAGCUGGCGGAGGUGGUCCGUUUGAUACAGGCCAGGAACAAGGGCAAGAAUCUGCCCUACUGCCUCCUGAGCCCCGACCGGAUCCCCAACAGCGUGGCCGUGUAGCAGGCUGCAAUUCUACAAUACUCUUUUCAAAGAAUAAAACAAAAAAUAUUGAUGAUUCUUUUCACCUUCAACUGGUUGAGAUCAGCAAAAAAAAAAUCAGUUAAGGGUAGCGCAAGCCAAUCUAUUGUCAGGGAUGUAAUUAACUAUUUGGCUGUUCUCAGCCAUAGGAGGCUUCAAAGCGCUCAGCCAGCAUAGCUUAGAGAUGAUACAGAGCAGGAACUGGGGGGGGGGGGGGGAAUUGGAGGUGUGAGUGUGUCUACAUAAAAUAUGCAGCUUUUCUUUUAGUUAUAGUCAGUUUUGUAAUAGUUUGAAAUGGGCAUCUGAGUCCUGCAUCUAGGUCUGGCAUUCUACAUUUCAUCUCUGUUCUGUUGGAAUAUUCUGCUGUCUUUUGGUUUUUGAAUUUUGGUCUUCGCACAUCAUUGGAUUACUCUGGGACAAAAAUUGUGGUUUGGUAUCUGCUUUCAUUCAUUUCUUGUGUGACUGCCCAUGUCUGUAACCUUUAUUAAUUGUUUUAAUGUAGUUGAACCUCGUCUUUAGAUUAGACGUGAGUAUUUGUUGUAUCUUAAUAAAUUUCUUCAUUUUCAUCUG